AUGAAGUUUUCUUCUGCUGUUGCCGCAGGUGUGCUUGCCGCUGGACUUGUCUCUGCUGCUGACGAGACUAGGGAGAUCGUCACCGUCACUGUCACUGGAUCGACCGACACCCAUGUUUAUGGUAGAUUUGAUAAGACCAAGGACGCUACUACUUCCACCAGCUCUGGUACACACAAAUAUGGCCGUUUUGACAAGACCAAGGACGCCACGACUUCCACUAGCUCAGGCACUCAUAAAUACGGCAGAUUCGACAAAACUAAGGACGCCACCACUUCCACGAGUUCCGGCACCCAUAGAUAUGGUAGAUUUGACAAGACCAAGGAUGCCACCACGUCCACGAGUUCUGGAACUCACAGAUACGGCAGAUUCGACAAGACCAAGGAUGCCACCACUUCCACAAGCUCUGGCACCCAUAGAUAUGGAAGAUUCGACAAGACUAAGGACCCUUUGACCACC